AUGAAGUUUGUUGUUCCUUUCGUCUUAUUGAUGGUAAUUGUAUUUACCAGUCAUAUCAAUGCUCAAGCAGUUGAAUAUGAUACUUCCGUUCAAGAAUUAGGUAAAAGAGGAAUCAUCAGUCUGAUUAUUGGUUGGUUAUUCCCAAAAUCGACCAGUAGCUCUUCAACGACAGGUACUACUUCGACCACCACAACUGCUGCUUCUACACCAACAACAACUACCGCAACCACAACUGCUCCAACAACAACUGCAGCAGCAACAACUACAGACCCUUGUGACGACGAUGAUGAUACCUCUACUACUACUACGACUACUACUUCUACUUCUGGUAAAAUUUCCAGUAUCUUUAAUAAAGUUUUAGGAUUCUUUGGUAUCAGUCUCAAGAAGAGAGACGCAGAAGAUUUCGAUUUCGAUUUAGAUCAAUAUUCUUUCACUCUCAGAGAAGAAGUUUCGGCUUCUUCUUCAAUUAAAGCCCUGUCUGCUUUAAUUGCCGUCUCAGUUGGUGGUUCAAUUGCAAUGUACGGUCUUUUUUAG